AUGUCGGGAGUUUGGGAACUCAAGGACGGCAAGGUGCGGUUGCUGGACAAGCAGUCGGAGCCGCGGCGGAAGGCGCCGGCGGGAGAGCAGCUGUCGUCCACGGCGGGGCCGCGGAGGAUGCUGGUGCACGAGUCGAGCGGGCAGCCGGUGUCGUCGUUAGAGGAGCUGGAGGCGCUGCUGGCGGACCUGGGGUGGGAGCGUGACGAGGACGACGGCACGGCGCUGCUGAAGUUUUACAAGCCGGGCAGCCAGCCGGACCCUCUCACCCUCUCGCUCCCCAGGGACUUGGCCGACUUCACCUCGGUCCACAUGCGCGACGUCGUCGUCAAGAACAGGGGCUCCUUCCACGUCGUGGAACGCUAG